AUGGUCCGCAAGCUUCCAUGGGACAGGAGACAAGAACGUUCACGAAAUUCUGUGCCGCGGCACUCUUCGUCGUCGCGUCCGGCGCCGAUGGCACAUGACGAUGACAGUCCCCAGGCGAGGGUCAGAGAACCGUCAGUAUCGAGAGAUUCACGGGCGAGUGCCGUGGCGCGCAAAUUCCGUUCGCCGUCUACAUCUCCACCACCGGCGCCUCCUUCAGAGACCUUCAUGAUCGCCGGCAUGGAUCAUGACGACCAGUACCGCAUGGUGGAGGACGAGCUUCUUUCCGUGGCCCACGAAUUCACAGCCCACCUGCACGCGGCCGAGUACCAUCGGCUGAAAACGACGGCUAAGAGUCUGGGCGCCGAGGCCAUACGCAACAUUUCGCGGCCCGUUACGGACGGCCCGACACCAUCGGUGCGGCGACAGCAGGAGGCAGACAGGCGCGCCGAGAAGCUGCAGCGCGGUCUGCAGUGGGCGUUUGGCAGCGGCGGUGGCGAGGACGAGGACGCGGACGUGCACGAGGAUGCGCCGUGGAAGGGCACGGCGCUGCAGAACAUCAUGGAGGGCACCGGGCGGAAGGUGGCGCUCGUGCCGCUUCUGGCGGCUUCAUCACGACGGCCAGUUGAGGCGAAACGUCUCGACGUAGAGACGGAGGAUGAUGAGGACGACGAGGACGAUCUGGACGGACCGUCCAUCCUGAAAGAGUCUGCUUUAAGACGGGGUCAGGUGGCCGCUGUCGACACUAUGGACAGGUUGGCCUUUUCUUUUGAUUCAGCCACGUCGACGACCGCAAACGAGAGCAGGCCAGACGCAGGUCGAGACAACAGAGACACGGACAGCAGCGACGCAUCAGACAGCCUGGACAUGAGCGGCUUGCUGCAGAAGAUACGCCAGCGCCGUCAGCGAGAAAAGGCACAGCGACAGCAGCAAAAUCAGCAGAGAUGGAGACCGGGGCAGGAGAGAAACACGGACAUGGCGAGCGCAGCAGUCAAGAAAGAGACAGAGGAUGUGGACCUGUUCAGCUGCAAAGGCUGA